AGAACGGGGUGGCGGGGGCUGGAGCUGUUGCCGGCGGGGAGAAUCUGGAGCCCGCCGGGCGAUGUAGUCAGGCAGACGUCGAGAGCUAGGGCCCCUGAGACACGAGUGUUUGUCCCGCCCGGAGCUGAGCGACUCCCCCAGGGAUCUGUCCUGCCCCCAGCGCCCAGCUUGCUCCCCCCAGCGUCUCCCCAUUCCCUCGCCUCCCUGUUUCCCCCUCACUGUCCCCCAUUGCCCUGGUCUCUGCACAGCCCCAUCGGUGUUGGGACUGGUUCAGAUGUGGAGCUUGUCAGAAUUCGAUUAAUUUUUUAUCAUUUUGAUGGCUAAUAGCCAUGCUUAUUUUUAAGCAUUUCCCCCGGGUUUUAGCAGUUUUUAAUUUUUCACUUUUUGGGGGGGGGUCAAUCGGGCGGUGGCAGACAAUAAUUUAAUGACAAUAGACUGAGUGAGAUUAAAAAAGUUAAGGCUUUAUAACGGUUAAAACACAAAUUGUCAACAUCACCUGUCAAAAUAUAUAAAGUAAAUAUUCUCAAAUCGCACACUAAUAAGUUCUCAAACAGAAAUUUAGUUACUUUGCCUGUCUGUACAUUUCAGUUAUUAUCAGUGGAAAUAUUUUUGUUGUUGGUUUGUGUGUGUAUAGGGAAAUCAGUAUUUACCAACACAAAUUUAAUGCUUCCAACCUAUUUAAAUGGUAACAGUGUAGCUGAACCAAGGCCUCAUAUUUGCUUGUAAAACACCACAUCUGGUUGAAGUGCCAUAUAAAUAAUAAUAUCUAGAAAAUGGUGCUGCUCCAAGUGCUCAGUCCUUUUUCACAUUAGGAACAUGCAAAACACCAAUUCAAUGGAAUUAGAAACCUUGGAUUGAAACAGUUAAAUGUUGCACAUUUCAGCACAUUUUCAUAUAACUUAAAGUGCAUUCCCUUUCAUCUAAAAAAAACAAGUCCCCAGAAGGGGGAAAAUCUGAUAUUUUUAAAAUCAUUAAAUCUGUACUUAAGUAUUAAAAUGUAGCUUAGUACAUUUUUUCUCAAACUUUCCUAAGAAAAUUUUCAUCUUUGGGUCAAGAACCAGCAUAACAGAUUUAAACUUUAAGAAAUAUAUUUUUUUGAAAUUAUAUAGUAUGGGCCUUACUAUAUAAUUUAAAAAUAUAUUUCUGUAAAGUUUGCUCUUUGCACUUGACAGCAUUUUGGCUUUCUGGUUGAUGAUCGGUUGCAUCACUCGUGGGCUGCUAGUAGGUGGAGUUCAUGUGCAUAUUCUUUCAUAGACAGGUUGUUUAUUUAAACCUGCAGCAGUAGAGAAGCUGAAAUUGUAGAGAUACUAGGCAGGUGUGUUCUCAGAGAUAAAGAGGUGGGAAGUAUAUUUGGUGUUGUCACUUUUGUGCCCACCCACUGGAUGCUUCUAAACAGAGUAGGAAAAUCCUUAUAUAUUUUCUAGCAAUAAUUAAAAUAAACCAAGGCAUACAAUGUAAAGGGUGCUGUAUCAGAAAUACAACUUUAUAAAAUUAUUCAGUAAAAAAGAAUCGAGGUGGCACUGGCCAUCUACAAGAGGUCUUCAGGGUGUAGACAGCAGUAUCUUUUACUGAUACCAAACCACUGUGCCAAUUGGCUUCUGACCGAAUUAAUGUAUAAUUUAUAAACUCUCUCUGCUUUGCCACACAGUGCUUGAUUUCCAAGCAUAGUUUUCAUGUGUGAGAUUGUUUGCUGCAUUAUUGACAAGGGUGUUCAGCAGAAAUACUUGGUAGUUACCUGUAACUAUGAAGCCAGGAAACUUGGAAUUCAGAAACUUAUGUCUGUCAGAGAUGCUAAAGAAAAAUGCCCAGAGCUAGUGCUAGUUAAUGGAGAGGACCUGACACAAUACAGAGAAAUGUCAUACAAGGUUACAGAGCUACUGGAAGAAUUUAGUCCACUGGUAGAAAGACUUGGAUUUGAUGAAAAUUUUGUGGAUAUCACAGAGUUGGUAGAGAAGAGACUAGCACAGCUGCAGAGAGAUGGCUGUUCCAAAGUGUCUGUGUCUGGUCAUGUGUAUAAUAAUCAAACUGUCAGUUUACAUGAUGUGAUGCAUAUAAGACUUGUCAUUGGAUCUCAGAUUGCAGCAGAGAUGAGGGAAGCCAUGUACAAUAGACUGGGUCUUACAGGCUGUGCAGGAGUGGCCUCUAACAAAUUACUAUCUAAACUAGUAUCUGGUACCUUCAAACCAAAUCAACAAACAGUUCUUCUACCUGAAAGCUGUCAGGACCUAGUAGGCAGCCUCGAUCACAUCAGAAAAGUGCCUGGGAUUGGCUAUAAAACUACCAAGCGCCUAGAGUUGCUGGGUCUCAGCAGUGUGCGUGAUCUCCAGACCUUUUCACCUGUAAUACUAGAAAAGGAACUAGGAGUUUCAGUUGCUCAGCACAUUCAAAAGCUCAGCUAUGGAGAGGAUGACUCCCCUGUGGCCUCCUCAGGACCUCCUCAGUCCCUUAGUGAUGAAGAUUCUUUUAAAAAAUGUUCAUCAGAAGUGGAAGUUAAAAAGAAAAUGGAAGAACUACUUGCUAACCUUUUAGACAGAAUAUCCAAAGAUGGAAGAAAGCCACAUACAAUAAGAUUAACCAUCCGUAAAUUUUCAUCAACCAAUAAAUGGUUUAGUCGGGAGAGUCGUCAGUGUCCUAUUCCCUCUCAUGUUGUUCAGAAAUUUGGGACAGGAACCUAUGAUGUUGUAGCCCCACUGGUUGGUAUCCUUAUGAAAUUGUUUAGAAAGAUGAUAAAAGUGGAGAUGCCAUUUCAUCUUACCCUUCUGAGUGUCUGCUUCUCAAAUCUUAAAGCUCUGCCUAGCCUCGCCAAAGGAUCCAUAGGAUUUUAUGUAACUCGGUCGUCACGCUCUUCAAGUGCUAGCAAAAAAAUGGAAGGUGUUCCACAAGACCAAGUGAACUCCUGCAGUUUUGUACCAGAUGGAAGAAUUAAAAAUAUAAGAACUAGAGAAUCUUCACUAGAAACCAAAAGCUGCACAGAAGAACCUGAAAUUCCUGUUUGCCCACUUCAUUUGCUUCCCGCUGGCAUUGACCAGGAGGUCUUCAGUCAGCUUCCAGAAGAUAUUAAAGAGGAAAUUAUUUCUGACAAAACUGGGGAAAGGAUCCAUACACAGAAUGUUUUGAGCCAGCCAUUACCUUUUUCUAAAGGAGCACCACCAUUUUUUGCACAAGAACAAAUGCACACUACCCCGAAUUCCAGAAGAGCAGAUCAUAGUAUCAGCAGUUUGGUAUGCAGUGAACACUUUCAAUCUACCAGUGAGAUGGAGACUGCCAUGGUACACAGGCCUAAUCCUAAUUGUAUUCUCAGUCUACAGGAUCCUCCUGAGUACCCUGAAAGUGCAUUAAUGGAUGACUGUAUGGAACAAGUACCUAAGGAAUCACUGAAUUUCAAUAACACUGAUUCAAUUGUAUUGAACUUGCAAAGUCAACAACAUUUUCUUCAGCCCCACAGUUCAGACACACAAGAGCAGCCCAUUGGAGCAGCCUCUCAGGAUGAAGGUCAGAGAGAGCAAGCAUAUGGAGAAGGAAGAAUUGUAUUUCCUCCUAAUGUUGACCCAAAUAUUUUUUCUGAACUACCUGCAGAAAUGCAAAAGGAACUCCUGGCUGAAUGGAAGAAUCUAAAACCUGUUUCCAAAAUGCACAUGAAUAAACCUUCUGAAAAGUUAAAAACAAACAAAGGAAAAAAGAAUGUGAUGUGUUCACCACAGUCUAACAGUUUAUUAAGGUAUUUUAAACCAAAGUGAUUAUUAUAUACAUAAUACAGAGAUGACUGGUGUAAAAAUAAGGACACCAUAAGCCCUGGCACUUGGAGGUAAUACAAUCAUAUUCAUGCAUUAAAGAAAUGUACUAUUUUAAAGUGUAAUGUGACAAAAUAGCAUACAGAAACAAACAGACCACCUCAACAAUUAAUAGUGUAAAACUAUUGAUAAUUCCUUUUAAAAGUGAUUAAUACUAUGUAUUCUUGUGUUAAACUAGCAGAUUAAUGUUUUAUUUAGUCCAAAGAGAGCAGCAAUGGAGACUGCCUUCCCCUAAAAUGCACACUAGAUGCGAUGAAUCCUCCAGUUGUUACUACCCAUAUUAAAACAUUGCAAACCAGUUUGAAACACUUACACUUAUUCUUGUAUCAACCAAAUGGCAUCCAUUAGGGCAUGGGUGUUCUUGCUGUUAAAACAUUUUUUAAACUCAAAAUACAGAAAAUACUGACUUGAAUGGUGGGGCUUGUGAAACUAAUGGAAUAUAGAGAAAAUAGUACUGCUUUCUUAGUAGUUAGUCACUAACUGCUAGAGGUAUAACACAUCAGUAAUGUGAACAGAGCAUCAUCUACAGGCAGUUCUAACUCACAAAUAGGCUUUUACUAUUUGUAGUUGGAAUAGCCACCAAGACAGUUGUCAGCAUUUCCAGCCAUUGAUUAGGCGAGGUCCCAGUUUGGAAAGAUACUUAAGAACAUGCUUAACUACUUUGCUGAUUUACCUCAAUGUUGAUUUAGGAAUAUAAUUUUAAAAAAAUCUUGGCCAAUGAAGACUGAUUACAAAAUUGCUGUUUAAAUGUUAGCUAAUUAUUGUUGCAAAGUAACUUGUAAUAAACACGUUUACAGUUGUUAA